GGCACCAUGGCAUGCACAGCGAAAAACGCCAAAGCUAUUGCAAUUGCCAAGGCACUCACCAAUACACCAUGGUGCGACGAUUAUGAGAAAAUGAUUUCUGGAAUGGUAUAUGACUCUUUUGUUCCCGAAUUAGUGGCAGGUCGACUGCGGGCACGUAAGAUGGUCAAAAAAUUCAACGAGUAUCUACCGGAUGAUGCCACCGACGAGUCCCUAGCAGAAGGGCAAAAUGCUAUCUUGAAGGAGCUCAUCGGGCGUGUUGGCAAACGAGUCGCCAUUGACCCUCCUUUUCGAGUCGACUAUGGAUGCAAUAUAAUUAUUGGAGAUGACUUUUAUGCAAAUUUCAAUAUGGUGGUAUUAGAUUGUGCCCUUGUGACUAUUGGAGACCGCACAAAAUUCGGACCGGGUGUGAGUAUUUACGCUGCAACACACCCGACAGCAGUACAGGAAAGACGAGACUUUCCCGACUAUUCAAAAGAAGUCACCAUCGGCAGCGAUUGCUGGAUUGGGGGGAAUACUGUCAUUUUGCCAGGCGUGACCAUAGGCAACGGCACCACAGUCGGUGCUGGCUCUGUGGUGACCAAAGAUAUUCCAAGCUUCUCGAUAGCUGUGGGGUCGCCAGCGAAGGUGAUAAAGAAGGUUGAACCUGUUACAUAUCCAGACGGGCCUGGAAGCGGCAGCCUUGUCUCGUUUCAUCGUCACCCUUUCAAGCCUCUGCUGCCCAGCAUGAGACUUCCGUCAGCGAGCCCGGCAAGGGUUAAGAACCUAAUCCAUGGCUUCCAGGCUGUUAUGGUAUUUUUUGCAUGGGCUCUCACAAUAGCCGUGUUCACUAGGGGCGAUGGCAUCGACGGUCGCUCUGGCUGGUUUUUUGGUCUGUGCUGGCUGUCGAUCCCUGCGUUGGUCUAUCUUGUCGCUGUUCCAACAUUCCCUCGAGCCCGGCGAUUUGGCAACGUGUACGCCUUUGCCACAAUCGAUGGUCUCAUGGCGCUCCUGUGGUUCAGUGGCUGGAUUGCAGUCGCGUCGUACGUAGCGCAAGGAAAGAGCAAAGGCGCAUCGGAGCAAAAGGACUCCAAGGACAAGAAAUCUGGCUGUGAUGCUUUUGCUUAUGGAAGCUCGUCCAAGUGCACCAUUAGCACUGCUACCGUGAUCUUUGGUGUGAUUAUCUUCUUGUUAUUUAUUGCUACGAGUUAUUUCUCCUUCCGCAACGUCAUCUACUUCCGGAGAACUGGCACCAUGCCUGAUGCCGUUGCCGAUCCCACGUUUGACGCUCAAACCAAAGCCGCCUUCUCUUCAAACACUGCCCACGAUUUCGAGGAAGAGGAUGAAUUCCGAUCCGGCCGCACUGCCGAAGGUCCGUCGAACUUUGGACAUGAACGUGACGAGGAUUAUGCUCUUCUCCAGCAAAGCGAAGCAGAUGACCUUGGUGGCUCAUCACACCAUGGAGGUGUGCAGGGCGCAUACGACCCUACUUCGACGACACAUCAUGGAGGCGUGCAGGGCGCAUACGAUCCUACUUCGACGAAUCCAGGCUCAGUGAUGCAUGACUAUGACACGGGCUACAAUAGCGGCUACACGCAGCCUUACCGUGAAGACCCCGCCAGCUACGACACCAGCUAUAAUUCGACCACUGGAUAUAAUCGAUGA